AUGACGAAUGUCAACAUAGAUAAGAAUGAGAUCAAUAUGCUACAUGUGAUGCUACUACAGGAUGCAUCACUCAUUGUGCCACAAUAUCCAUCCAUCAUGAAGUACGAGAAGCACCUAACCAAUACAGAAAUAUCCAGACUAAUCAUCCCAUUCUUUUACUAUACCACACUCAUUGCAAUACCAAUUGUCUACAGUACCAUAGUCAUUCUUGAUCUAUAUUGGAUCCACCUGAUUACAGUAAUCUGUCCUAUAGUUGCUUCUACUGCAAUCAUAUUCAGUCCAAAAUACAGAAAUAAUCCCAGUGAAAUAUCAGUCAACAAGAGUGCCCUGAUUCUACUUCGCCUAUGCUACUCAAUCAGUUCAGUUGCUGGGAUACUUAGAACCACUCUACGUCACACCACUCCCAAAACCAGAAACUAUCACACCUUUCUGCUUCUCUACAAAUUGCAGUCUGAUGGAACCAAAUCAGCCUGUGCUUGGAUAUCACAGGAUUUCCACUACGAAACCAGUUCAUUUGAACUGAUUUAUGUUCUAUCAUACUGUGUAAAUGGAGCAGCAGUGCUCUGGGUGGCAUUAGGAGACUGCCUGGGCACUCGUGCCAAAAGUAGAAGCCUUCAGGAGAUGCUUAGUGGGGUCAUAGGCGUCAUUGGUCGUCUGAGCAGGGAGCAGGUCAUCAACGAGGCCUUCCUCAUCUCAAAUUCAGCCAUUAAAAUGUUCCUAGGGCUCUUUGCUGAGACGAUGCUCUUUGAAAUUGAUGCAAGGGUGGGAAGGAAGAAUCAACCAAAAGUCAGAAAUUCAGGCAGAAUCAACCAAAUCCUCUACAAAACAGUCAACCUGAUUUCAAGACUAAUUUGCCUAGUCACAUUUCAGUCAAGGAAGUCACCAAAGAAGACGGAAGACGUCCUAGGAGUGGGCUACGUCACUGGCUGCGUCAAGUUACUCAGCACUCUUUUGGCCUACGUGAUCUGUGAGUUUGUUCUUGGCCAAUUUGAUGCCUACACCAUGCAGUUCUACGCCUGGCCACUCCUCCUGGUCGCACUCGCCCUUCUUGUUCUGGCUCCAUCUCGUUCUGCUGGAAAUGUGCUACUUUUUGCUGCUUCUGUCGCCAAUGCAUCACAGGAGUCAUUUGGUAGGUCCCAGUUUGUCAGAAUGGAGGAUGUUGCCCUCUUCUCCUGCCUCAACAUGCUUGCUGUUUCCCUCCUUUCAUCAUUGAUCAAUUUUUUAACUGGUUUCUUUGAUGUUGGUACCAGGUGCAAGUGCGUAGUCUACGUUGGAUUUGGAGCAGCUGUCUAUUUGAUCAUACUGAGCAUAUGA